CCCCGCAGCAUAGCACAGCACAGCACUCGCACAGCCUGAGCUAGCGUCGCUACAGACUCGUGUGUGAUGCGGUGCGGUAGGCCUCCCAGGGGCAGCAGAACCCACCAGAAUGAAGACUACUGAAGAGAAGAGUGCAAGCACACCUCGUGUGAGGUUAGCUGUUCUGGGGCAGACCAAUGUCGGGAAGUCUGCCUUGACUGUCCGCUACCUGACCAGGCGAUAUAUAGGCGAAUAUCGGUCUGAUACUGAUCUACUGUACCGGCAGACCGUGAACGUGAACAACGGGCCAGUAGAGGUGGAAAUAGUGGACGUGUCUGGAGAGUCGAACGAGAGGCCGCUGCCCGUGGAGCUGGUCGAGUGGGCAGACGCGUGCGUGCUCGUCUACUCCAUCACGGACCGGCCCUCCUUCGACUACAGCCAGCAGGUGCUCCAGCAGCUGACUCAGGCGGCCAAGCCCACGGCCCUGCUCGCCAACAAGGCAGACCUCGACCACCUCAGGCAGGUGACUGAAGAGGAAGGCCGGCGGGCGGCAUCCGAGGGCGGCUUCGCCUUCUACGAGGUGUCCGCUGUGGAUGACACGGCCGGGCUCUACCAGGCGUUCGACUCACUGCUGGCCGAGUGCCGCGCAGCACAGCAGCACCAGCCCAAGGCGCGCAAGUUCUCCGUCUCCAAGAUGCUGGGCACGCUGAUCGGCAAGCAGCAGCCGCCCCCGCCGCCCCCGGGCGCCGCCUCCGGAGGCGGCACCGUCGUCGAGUUCCAUAUCGCGGAGGCGCACGGGUCACGCCGCCACAGCCGCAGGAUCAACCUGGUGGCCGCCGCUUCUUCGUGACGUCAUCCACCUCACUGCAACCUCUCCUCACGCGCUGAUCGCAGUCCCUCGCUGGCUUCCUGGCGGUGAUCCGUUGCAGGGCCGGAAACGGUGCGGGUGCUUUGCAACUCAACAUCUCGAGUCUAAAUUCCAGUCAGCUCAUAGAAUGAGCGCUGUCUCAGGUCGGCGACCUCAGGAAGUAGUGACUUCACUGAAGGCACAGGUGCUUCGUGGAGGCUACGAAACCUAAAACUGAAUUGUCAGUGCAUAAAUCCGCUGAUUUUCUUCUCUGAGUCAUGUCUCACAGUAGUGAUUUCCACUCCAUUCAUUGCUGUGGCUGGAAAUGUAUUGUCACAAACAUUACUGCACAACGUGGCUGACAGUAUUACCUAACAUGUGGCUCCAAUAUUUCCGGUCAACAUUGCCGGCCUAUACAAAAGCCAAUAUGAACUCUCUGUGACCCGUAGCAGUAGGAUAAUAUUCUCAUAAGGCACUAUACGACAACACAAUCGAGAAACAAAACUCUUUAUUUUCUGGCUGAAUGUGACACGCUUCGCACUCAAUUUACGUAUGUAAACUAUUAAUCUCCAUAUGAAACUUCCUGGCAGAUCAAAACUGUGUGCCGAACCGAGACUCGAACUCGGGACUUUUGCCUUUCGCGGGCAGGUGCUCUACCAACUGAGCUACCCACGCAAAAAUCACGCUCCGUCCUCAACAGCUCUACUUCCGCCAGUACCGUGCCUCCUACCUUCCAAACUUUACAGAAGCUGUCUUGCGAACCUUGCAGAAGUAGCACUCCUGAAAGAAAGGAUAUUGCGGAGACAUGGCUUUACCACAGUCUGGUAGAACACUUGCCCGCGAAAGGCAAAGGUCCCGAGUUCGAGUCUCGAUCCGGCACACAGUUUUAAUCUGCCAGGAAGAUCCAUAUCAGCGCACACUCCGCUGCAGAGUGAAAAUCUCAUUCUGGAAUCUCCACAUGUUUUCUGAAUAACACAUUUUCUUUCCAUCAUGAUCGUCUGUUUUCAGAUUUACAAAGGAGAACUGUUACAUGUGUUUACUCUAAUAAUCACAUUUUAAUCCCUUUGUCGUUGUUGACGGUUACAUGUCAUAAGCCGGUAGUUUAAUGUAUUUUACUAUGUGAAAGACUAUAGCCUUCCUCAAGCUACACUGAUUUUUACUGCAGCAAAAAAGCAGAAGUUGCGAAUUUCACUUUUAUUUACUUCAUUAUUAGUUUCCGUCUGUGACCGAUUUUCGGAUCAUCCAGAUAGUCAAGAAUGAUAUUCCCAAAACAUAGCAACCAUGUCGAGAUAACAAACACAUACGCACAACGAAGUGGAGACGAAUAGUUACAGAGCAUAAAGAUGGCUAUAGAUGAUCUUAUCGCUUUGUUCUGUAACCUUUCAUCUGCACUUUGUUGUGCGUAUAUCUUUGUUUCCAGAAUGAGAUUUUCACUCUGAAGCGGAGUGUGCGCUGAUAUGAAACUUCCUGGAAGAUUAAAACUGUGUGCCGGACUGAGACUCGAACUCGGGACCUUUGCCUACGCGGGCAAGUGCUCUACAAACUAAGCUACCCAAGCACGACUCAGACCCCUCCUCAGAGCACUUGCCCGUGAAAGGCAGAGGUCCGCAGUUCGAGUCUCGGUCCGGCACACAGUUUUGAACUACCAGGAAGUUUUAAAUGCUUGUUAUCUCGACUUGGUUGCUACGUUUUGGGAAAUAGCCUUUUCGACCAACUGUAUGAUAUGAAAACGUGUCCCUGCACGAAACUAUUCAUUAUGUAAGUAAAAGUGAAAUUUGCAACCUUGGCUGUUUUUCCACCGUAUUGGCUAACAAAAGUUGCUGUCCAGCAAUUACUCCAGCAUGCUGGAAGUUCGUACACUGAUUUCUGAUCAAAGUUUUGGUUUGUACGCUCCACUGUCUGUCACGGCUUCACAUGUGUUACAAAAAAGUAAAAAAGCAGAUUUUCCCGUAAAUUCACGUUAUCUUACCUACAUAGUAAAGUGUGAUACAGAUGUGACUGGUUUCAAAGUUAUAUCAGAUGAUGCAAUGUGCAUUCGAAAAUCGAUCACUUAUGUUGAUUAAUUAUCAACAGCAAUAAUGUGUAGCCUGGAAGUCUGUUAUCUUCGCACAUUACACAGUAAUCAGGGUCGGUUUGAGAUAAGAGCGUCUCAAGUUACCAACUGAGAGGGCGCCAAGAACUCCAUUACAUAGAGCGACAUUUUAUGUCGCUGCUGGACCUUAGAAAAGUUUCCCGGUUUCCAAUAAAUAUAUGGUAACACAGAUAACGAUGUCGUUAAUCGAUGUUAAACACGCACCUUUCAGUUGCUCACAAGCUGUUUACUACUCCAUCGCUGUACAUGACUGGGCCAUUAUCAGGACAACUGCCACUAAUCACAUCAAAGCUGGCUUCACGUGUACUGCUCAGCAAACGCCAACAUCUCUUCAAUGAUGGAGGAAGUUUGCAAAAAUGUGACAACGUAAAUACUUGCUACCUCUUUUGAAUCAAAUAACAGUAUCGAUCACAAUUACAUUUUCAAUACUACGAGUGGUCUCUGCCACCUAAACCAUUUUCAAGAGGUUAUGAGCCUAGUGCCGAGUCUAUCUGUGAAGCUCCACUACGCUGUACCCAUAAUCUCUCGAAAAUGGCCUUAGAAGCUGAAACUGGUAGAAGUCUUUGGUAACAAAACUGAUGCUGUAACUACCACACUAGCGGCCCAUGAACCAACGUGUUCAAAUUGCUGAAAAAAAAUGUUUGCGUAUUAAAAGCGUGAGGUACAAGCAACAGCUCACGUUAGCUACGGUAGAAAACCGAUUCUUGUGUUCUGAUACUCAGCGUAGGAUGUUGCUAUGCCUCUCGCUUAAACGCGUUAUUUUAAAAAACGUUCGUUAUUAUAUGAGAACUGCGGACUACCAACCAUCCUGAAUAUUCAGAUCCCAAUGUAUUUUACAACCGAGUAAAUUAUCGUGUCUUUUAGGAAUAAUGCAAUACAAUUUUUCCUCGACAAGAUAAUUUUUUAGUAUUUUAAUGCUUUAAGCAAUCUGGCAUCGUUAAUACAGGGUCAAUACUACACACCCACUAAUGGAAACCAAAAGUGGCUGCACCUUGACACAAAGCAAUUUCGUAUGAGCCAUUUGUAAUCUCAGUUAUGUAAAGAAUUUUAGUGGCUUAAUUUUGUUCGUCUAAAUGUUAUUGAGCGGUACAUAAAAUUAGCGUUAGCUUUUCUCUUGCAAUAACAUCUUUGGACUCCACUAGAACCGCUUACUUUCAUGUAGCUGCCAUGAUCAUCUGAUACACGUAUUGUUGUAAAUACAGCCAUAUUAUACAAUUCUUGCAAGAAGCUUCAUUGAGUGUUCAGGCAUCGAUUUCCUGUCGAAGAGGUAGCUUCAUGUAUAAUGUGUCUUUCAGAUAACUGAAUGAGAGAUACUUAAUCCUCAUGAUAUCCAGGUUUGUAGCUAUUAAGCUGAAGACGAGUUUUCUCAACUAAUGUCGUACCAGUGACAAACAAUUAUUGUAAUUUGUAAAAGAAUGUAAUAAACCUUACCAAAGAUAAUUGCAGUUAGAGAAUUAAUGUGAGAUGUAUGGAACUCACAUGUUCAUAACCAUAAACUUUUUGCUUAUAAAUUGUCGAAUGUUACAAAAUAAUGGAUGAAGAACUUUAUUAGAAGUAUGCAAUAGUUUAUUGAACUAAAAACGGCUGUGAUAUCUAGCUUUAAGAUUUUUAUA